AUAUGGCAAGUCUUGUCAUAUAAAAAGUGAAAGUGGAAAAAUUAUAUUUUGCACUUGGAUUGAGACACACCUCAAACUGCCAACAGAUAGGAGAUUUUGACCACAAGAUCACCCACAGCCCAUCCUCUAUCAUGCCUCCAGUCAUAUCCAGCCUGUCCAAACACCAGGAGAAACAGCUCAUGUCUCUCUUCGGUCAUGUCCGACUCCACCUUCUUUACAAAGCCACCAUUCACGGUUUCACUGCUGCUGCCUUCCAUGGCCACUGUGACAGACAGGGUCCAACUGUCAUUGUGGCCUACAACGCUGCAGGGUUUGUCUUUGGGGCAUACACAUCCAAGGACUACACCCAGAGUGGCGCUGCUGUCAUUGAUGGAGAGGCUUUCCUUUACAGCAUCAAUGAUGGGAGAAAAGAACCCCUGAGAGUUGGGGGUAUCAGUGGGCAGCAUGCUUUCACAGAUGAAGGCUCUGGUCCAAAUUAUGGUGCCUUGGUUUUCUUGCAUGAGGACAAGUCGGCCGUGCAGUCCAAUCCAGGAAGUUGCUUCAACUUCAAACCAGAAGAGAUGCAUGGGACUGACUUAAAGCUGACAGAGUUUGAGGUGUAUCGAGUUGAAGGUCUAGAUGUCCUGGAGAAGCCUUGGAGAAAUAUCCAGUGGACAGCUGAGAAAAAGCAACAACUGAUGAAAAGCAUCCAGAACUAUCAGCCUGAAAUCCAAACGGUGAAUCAAGCCUGUGUGUUGCUGGUGGGCCCUGUUGGGGCCGGCAAAUCAAGCUUUUUCAACUCCAUCAACUCGGCAUUUCGAGGCAACAUGACGUGCCAGGCCAUCACUGGUACAGCAGGAACUAGUGUGACCACGCAGUAUCGUGCCUACACUAUUAAGGCAGGAAGACGUGGAGGAAAUCUUCCACUGGUCCUCUGUGACACAAUGGGCCUGGAGGAAAACCCUGAGUCUGGUUUGAACAUUGAUGAUGUAGUCAGCAUCUUCAAGGGACACAUGGUGGAUCGCUACCAGUUUAGUACCAGUUCAUCAAUCCUAGAGGAUUCUCCAGGCUACAAGAAACACGUGAAUCUGAGUGACAGGAUUCAUUGUUUGGCCUAUGUGAUCGAUAGCUGCAAGGUGGCUCUUCUCAGCCAGAAAAUGGUGGACAAGUUCUCUGCUAUCCGGAAAAAAGCCAACCAGCUUGGCAUCCCCCAGGUUUUGUUGAUGACCAAAGUGGAUGAAGCCUGUCCGCUUGUGGCAAAAGACAUAAGCAAUGUGUAUCACAGCGUUUACAUCCAGAAGAAGGCCCGGCAGUUAAGUGAGUCCUUGGGUAUCCCCUUGUCCUAUGUUAUGCCAGUGAAAAACUACAGCGAAGAGCUGGAACUGGAUCAGAACACCGACAUACUGCUGUUUAUGGCCUUGGAGCAAAUGCUUAACUAUGCAGACAGCUAUUUUGAAAACCAGAUCGUAGAAGAUCGGCCUGAAAACAGCAGGCCAGAGCUCUACAGAUCCAGUGAUCAUCCUCGCCAAUUUUUGACAGAACGUGAUGAUCCUAAAAUUGUAUAAAAAGUAUUGGUAUUUCUAAGAGUUACAGUAUUGUGCAAAUGUUAGGAUCACUCAUGCUCUAAUUGACGCUGGAGGUUUCUCCUGGACACGAUAAAGGGUAUUGCUGCAAAGGCAAUCUAACUUGGCUGACUUUGAAUACUUUAAUCAGUUUGUAUUGUGAUCUGAGUUUUUUAGUAUGAUUAGAUUAUAUAAAAUUAAUAUGUUCACACUUUUUUGGUCUAAUAAUUUGUGUAAUAUAAAAAGAAAUAUACUAAUCAAACUUAAAUUCUCUAUUUAAAUGUACUAAAGACAAAAUGUCUUCCAUUGCAGCAACGUGAUAAGACAUACAGAAGCAUUAUGAAACACUUGCAUAAUACUGUAUCAUAAUGAAAUAAUCCAUCAGGUUUCUUUAAAGCUGUCCUUCGAGAACAUCCCAACCCCCAAAACAUACUAGCACACCUGGUUGAUUUCUAUUAGAUUUUUUCUUAAACACAAAGUUUUGCAUUACAUUUAUUUCAAGUAUCAGGGAAUGCUCUAACCAUCCCUUUAAUUAAAUGCUUAUUAAUUGUUCAUCAACCUGCAAGAAUAUUACAGAGCUUUGGAUUUUCUGUCUUUAAAA